UCCACAUUAGAGUUGUAACAAGCUCAAAACUUUUAUCAAAUAAUAAUAUAAAUAAAUAAAACUCUAUCGACACCUUUUCUCAAUUGGUCAAUCCAAGAUAGCAUUGUUGAUUCUUUAAUUAGCAGCGUACCACCAAAUCAGCGCACUGUACAAACAUCUCUCUUUCUUUUUAGUGUUUCCCACCAGUCUGCAAAGCACCUCUCCUCCUUCCUGAAGAAAAUCGCCAUAACCACCAAGCUCGAAACAGGACAACCAACAAUGGGCUCUCCCUCCACCGCUCCCAUUCACUGAUGAACAAGAAAAGGAUCUCUCCAAAUCGAAUUUGGACCAAGCCCAUCUCACCAACCUCUUCAAAUGCCAGCAAAACUACCUCAACCACUUCUUCCACAACCUCGACGCCACGCAAACCUUAGCCUUCACGCAGGCCCUCCUCGACGCCCGUGGCACCAUCUUCUUCACCGGCGUCGGCAAAUCCGGGUUCGUGGCCCAGAAUAUCUCGCAGACCCUCGUCUCCCUCGGCGUCAGAUCCGGGUUCCUUCCCCCCGUCGACGCGCUUCACGGCGACAUUGGCAUCCUGUAUCCCGGAGACCUGCUGGUUCUGUUCAGAAAGAGCGGGAACUCGGAGGAGCUGGUGAGGCUCGUGCCAUGCGCGAGGGCCAAGGGGGCUUACCUGAUAUCGGUGACGUCGGCGAGGCCCAAUGCGCUGAUGGGGUCGUGCGAUCUGAACGUCCACUUGCCGCUUGAGCGGGAGCUGUGCGGCUGUGCCCGUUUGAUCUGGCGCCGGUGACGUCGACGGCCAUACAGAUGGUGUUUGGGGAUACGGUGGCUAUCGCGCUCAUGGGGGCGAGGAAUUUGAGCAAGCGGGAAUAUGCUGCGAACCAUCCAGCGGGGAGGAUUGGGAAAAGCUUGAUUUUCAAGGUGAAGGAUCUCAUGAAGAAGGAAGAGCUUCCAGUAUGUAGUGAACAUGAUUUGAUAAUGGACCAGUUGGUUGAGCUAACAAGUAAAGAGUGUGGAUGCCUUCUUGUUAUAGACGAUGAGUAUCAUUUGCUCGGUACAUUUACUGAUGGUGAUUUGAGGCGUACACUGAAAGCUAGUGGUGAAGGGAUUUUCAAGCUUUCGAUGGGCGAAAUGUGUAACAGUGAAUCAAUAAUCUUUGCAGUAGAGAGGAUAAAACAAAGACGAACUAAUCUUAGAUUCCACAACCCGAGGACAAUAAGUCCCGAUGCAAUGGCAGUCGAAGCUAUGCAAAAGAUGGAGUCCCCUCCAUCGCCCGUUCAGUUCUUGCCCGUCAUCAAUGACCAAAAUGUCCUCAUUGGCAUCGUUACGUUGCAUGACUUGGUUUCUGCUGGUUUGUGA